AUGGCUUCACAGCAGCAGCGAGGAACUCCAGAACAGCAGCAGCAACAGCAGCAGCAACAGCAGCAGCAACAGCAGCAGCAGCAGCAGCAGCAGCAAAGAGCCGCCGCUGCCGUACCAGCUUCUUCCCAGAGCCAACGACUCAGCAGCAUGCAGCAGCAGCAGCAGCAAGAGCAGCAGCAGCAGGAGCAGCCCCAGCAGGGAGCUUUCCCUUUGCUGCAUUUGGCCUCCACAGCAGCAGCAGCAGCAGCAGCAGCAGCAGCAGCAGCAGCAGCAGCAGCAGCAGCAGCAAACAAAGCCGGCGGUGGUACUCCCGCGCUGGGGGCAUGCGGCACCCAAGGUCCAGACAGCCUGUGGAGGCCCAGCUGCGCUGAGUCUCAGCGCAGUCGAGGGACAGCUUCCACAGACCCUGAUGUUAUAAACCGCAAAGCAAUUUGGGCUUUGGAGCGCCGCAGCUGCAGACGCAGUUUGAUGCAGCUGCUGCUGCAGCACAGCAGCAAAGCUGCUGCUUUUGCUGCAGUGGCUAACUGCCUUGCGCAGUGCGGGCCCUACACUCUUUUCCUGCCGCUGGACUCUGGAUUUCCUGUGGCCUUAUCUGCUGCUGCGCUGCGCAAAGUUGCUGCUCGGCUGCAGCUGGUGGCUGCUGCUGAUGCUGCUGCUGCUGCUGCGCUGCGCUGCUUCCCCUUCCCGGCCUUCCCGCUGCAGCUGCAGCACGAGCAGCUGCAGCAGCUGCUGCGCGAGCAGCAGCAGCUCGCGCCAGCAGCAGCAGCAGCAGCAGCAGAAGCAGCAAAAGAAAAACUCGCCCUCUUCAUCAAGGCCCACGUCGUCGAGGGAAAGUUUACCCUCAAACGCUUACUCACGCAUCCGUCGCAGGCGCUUGCUGCAGCCGAAUCAGCGGCAGCAGGCGCAGCAGCAGCAGCAGCAGCAGCAGCGCCUAGUGCUGCUGCUGCUGCUGCUGCUGCCAGCAUGCAUGCGCUGCUGAAGGGCGCAGGCACAGGCUGCUUCUCUUUGGGCUAUUCUUUGGCAGGAGACAAAAUAAUAAUAAAGAGACAAAUAAAUGCUGCUGCUGCUGCUGCUGCGCUGCGCAGCAGCAGCAACAACAUGCCGCCUCCCCCGCCCGAGUUGCUGCAGCAGCUGCUGCAGCAGCAGCAGCAGCAGCAGCAGCAGCAGCAGCAGCAACAGCAGCAGCAGCAGCAGCAACAGCAGCAGCAGCAGCAGCAGCAGCAGCAGGAGCUGGGCCGCGGGCUGUUUCGUGUUGCAGUUGGCAGCAGCAAUUUGCUGCUGGGGGAUUUGAAAGCAGCAAAUGGAAUAGUGCAUAUAAUCGACAGGCCUUUAGUGCCUUCAGCUCUAGCAGCAAAUUAA